AUGGAGUUGCUGGAUCGACUGAAGCCGCUCUUGGCAUCGUCCGACCUAUUCUAUGCACCUCAUACACCGAAGCAGGCGAAGCCAUCGAAGCGCUUGAAGCCAUGGGAACGUGAAUUGCUUCAACGGUGUGGGAGACUUCCACCAAAAAUAGGUCAAGGCGGAACUUUAGAUCCGUUAGCAGAAGGUGUACUUGUAAUCGGCAUCCACCAUGGAACGAAGCAACUGCAGCAGUUUUUACACUGUACGAAAGAAUACGAAACGACAGGACUCCUUGGAACAGCAACUACUUCCUAUGACUGCAAAGAUCCGGUCAUGAAACGCGCUCCGUAUGCGCAUGUAACAGAAGAUAUGCUGCGUGCCAAGUUGCAUUUAUUCCGGGGCUCUGUUCAGCAGCUGCCGCCGCUGUUUAGUGCACUUCGUAUGGACGGCAAGCGGCUCUUUGAAUACGCGCGAGAGGGUCUUCCACUUCCACGCCCGAUUGAGCCGCGAAAUGUAACAGUAGAGGAGCUGGAACUUGUGGCAUGGCUUCCAGGCGCGUCACAUUCUUACAUGCCUCCAGACAGGGAAGUGUCGGAUGAUGAAAAAGUUCUCGUAUCACAUGUUAGAGAAUUAGCUGGCAGCGAAGCGAAUGGGCUCGAUACGAUGCGCUCUGAUCAAAAUGCAGAUAAGAUGUGCACUGACCCGGCGGGUCCGAAUGCGAUUUCUCAUGCGAAUGGCUCGACAAACACACAGGCUCAUGCACCAGCUGCAGACUCGAAAGAUCCCAUUAACCCGGAAAAUGUAGCCGCACCAGCAGACUCUGAGAACUGUGCCGAUAUAAGAAACACAUCACUGGGCCCGCCAGCGUUCUCACUCAAAAUGACUGUGUCCUCCGGCACGUACGUACGAUCGAUCGUACAUGACCUAGGGACCGCAUGUGGGAGUGCUGCGCAUGUUGUAAAACUUGUACGGACGCGGCAAGGAGCCUUUCAUACGGGCAAUUGCAUCCCUUGGUCCGUCUUUGAGCGUGGGCUUGAAGAACUUGCAGCACCGACCAAUGCGCAAACAGUUGGCGAUCAAGGGCUGCGCGAAUGGGAAAGAAUGAUCCUGCAGCACAUGCAACGAUGUGACUAA